AGAAAAAUGUACAGGAUACUACAAUUUAGAUUGCACUUUUUCACACAUUUUAUUAGCCUCAAAGUUGUGCUGUCUAAACUGUGACGAGUUUUCCUCAUCCUUGAAAUUACUGUUGCUUACUGUCAGCUGUGAUUCCAAAAUCUGUGAACCCAGAUCGCAUUGCAUCUAAUAUAGCUCUAAACUUUGAGCUUCUACCGAAAGAUGUGGAGUUAUUGAACAGUUUAAAAACUGUGAAAAAGUUUGCAUGGGAUCCUGAAAUAGUUGCUUAAUAUUUUUGCGCUACACCAAACUGGAAACAUUUGUUUUUCAUGUUCUUUAAUUAUGGCUGCUACAUUUGAUCAAGAUUUCUGCAACAAAAUUGCAGAACUUUGUUAUAGUAAAUAUGACACUCUUCCAAAGAAUGGAAAACCAAAUGAUAGACAGUGGACUCUACUUGCAGCAAUUGUCAAAGUAAAUGGUUGGGGUAUAGAUCCAGUAUUUGAAGUGAUUUCAGCUGGAACUGGAUCAAAAUGUGUAGGGCAGUCAAAAAUGUCUUCUACAAGACUGAAUGACUGCCAUGCAGAAGUGAUGGCACGACGAGGAUUUCUUCGUUACUUAUAUUAUCAAGUCUUUCAACAGCUGCAUACGGGUAAAUCAGCCCUCUUUAGUGGCACUGAUCAUGAAGGUCGCUGCAUCAUGAAAGAUGAUAUUACAUUCCAUUUUUUCACCAGCCAUGUUCCUUGUGGUGAUGCUUCAAUAUUUCCAAAAUUUGAUGAUUAUUCAGAUGGCACAUGCACCCUACCAAUUAAUAUUUCAUUUUCACAUGCAUUAAAGGUAGUAUCCAAGGUGCAGGAUGCCAAUGCAAAUAAACAUUUAUCUAAAAAUACAGUAAGCAAAGAAGCAGAAAAUGUAUUCCAGACUAAUGAUGGAGUUGAGUCUGAUGUGAGUCAAGCCAGUUGCUCCCAUAACCGUUUACCAACUGGGAAAGGACCAUUUGUUAAGCAGUUAAAUACUGAUUCAGAAGUUCAACUGGCAAGAACAGUAAGGCUCCAAGAAAUUACAGUCCACUGUGGAAAUGAAGUAAAAUUUACAGUGACCAAGCCAAGUGAGCUCCAUUCUGUGUCACCCCACACUCAUACAAAUUCAACUGAUGAAAACUGUAAGCGCUCUGGGCUGAAACGUGCAUCUGAGCACGAAGAAAAUCUUAGCCCAUUGUCAAAAAAACCAGCUUUCUCCGAUGUUUACAGAACAGGUUCAAAGUGCCUCCCAGGGGAAAAAUUACAAGAUCCUAAACUUCCUGGAGCAAACUAUCAUGUAACAGGAGUACUUCGAGGGAAGCCAGGUCGCGGAGAGCGCAGUCUAUCAUUAUCCUGUAGUGAUAAAUUAGCAAGGUGGGCAGCAGUGGGUUUGCAGGGUGCUUUAUUGUCUUUGCUUUUGCAUGCACCUAUUUACUAUAAGACACUCAACGUAGGUGGCAGCAGCCCAUACUCAUAUGAUGCACUUCAUCGAGCAGUUGUGGGAAGAACAACUGGCAUAGUUGGCCUAAAACCACCAUAUGGAAUGUCAUCACCUAUAUUUCUACAUUCUACAUUGCCUUUCUCAGAUGCCCGUCAACCAGGAAAAUUGCCUUGUGCUGAAAGCAUAGUGUGGAGUGCAGUACCUGAUAGGCCUCUGGAAGUUGCAGUAAAUGGAAUUAAAAAGGGUACAACAAAGAAAUCAGAAAAUCUGCAUUCUACUUGCUGCUUGAUGAUAUGUAAGAAAGAACUGUUACGCCAGUUUAUGCAUUGCACGCAUGUUAUAAAUGGUGUUGACAUUUCCAACAUGACUUACGCUCAAACCAAAGGAAUGGCAGAACAUUACAGAGCAGCAUGGAACAUUGUACAGAAAACAUGUUUUCCUGCAUGGCCAAGGAAACCUAUAGAGCUGUCAUCAUUCACCGCUGGAGAAUAAAAUUGUGUUACUGAGUACUACAAUUGAAUAACCUGUUAUCCCUCUGUGUUCUGUAGGUAUGACUAACUACUUUAGAGACUGGUCGGCAUUAACUGUAUAACGACUGAAUAUGAGGAUGUUAUUGAUUGGCGGCUCCAUGGAGUGUCCUGUGCACCACGACCAGAUAAUGGAUAUACUUAGAAGGAGAGACGGCAUUGGUCGUAUUUUUUUGUUUUAUUAACCACAAAAUCGAUUUUCGGUCACUAGUGUAUAUGAGGAUGUUGUUGUGAUCUUCGGUCCAAAGACUGGUUUGCUGCAGCUCUCCAUGUUAGUCUUCCUGUGCAAGGCUUUUCAUUUCCGAGUAACUUCUGCAACCUACAUCCACUGUGAUCCUGCCUAUAUCUCUAUCUGCAAUUUUUAUCUCCCCAGCACUUCCCUAUGUUACCAAACUCGCUAUUCCUUGAUGUUUCACAAUUUGUCCUAUGAAUCAAUCCCUUCUUUUAGUCAAGUUGUGCUGUAUAUUUCUUUUCUUUCCAGUUUGAUUCAGUAUCUCCUCAUUAGUUAAUUCAACCUACCUGUCUGACUUCAGCAUUCUUCUAUAGCACCAAGCAUUUAUUCUCUUUGUGUGAACUGCUUAUCGUCGAUGUUUUACUUCCCUACAAGUCUACACUUCAGAAAAUAUUUCCUAACACUUGUAUUUAUAUUAGAUGUACACAAAUCCCUAUUUUUCAGAAAUGCUUUUCAUGCUGUCGUCGAUUUGCAUCCUAUAUUCUCUGUACUUUGACCACCACUUAAUUUACUGCCCAAGUAGCUAAACUCUUCUACUGGUUUUAAUAUCUCAUUUCCUAAUGUAAUUCCCUCAACAUUGCCUUAUUAAAUUUGACUACAUUGCAUUACUUGUGUUAAUGCCCUCUUUUCAUGACACUAUCCAUUCUGUUCCACUGCUCUUUCAAGUCCUGUGCUGCCCCUGACAGAAUUACAGUGUCAUCAGCAAACCUCGAAUUUUUUCUCUCUUCUCCCUAACCUGUCAUUCCAUUUCCAAAAUUUUCCUUGAUUACCUGUACUGCUUGCUUACUGUACAAGUUGAAAAACUUUGAGGGUAGGCUACAACACUCUCUCAUACCCUUCUCAACUACUGCUCCCCUUCUAUACCCUAUGACUCUCUAAACUAAUCUGGUUCCUAUACAAGUUGUAAAUAACCCAUCACUUCCUUUAUUUUACACCUGCAGCUUUGAAAAAAUUGAGUGUAGGUCAGUCAACAUUGUCAAAAGCUUCCUCUAAAGCUACAAAUGCAGGUUUGCCUGUCUUCCAAGAUAAGACAUAGACUCAGCACUGCCUCACAUGUUCCUACAUUCCUCAAGGUUAGCUUCUAUUACCUGGCCUUGAUGUUACUGUAGUUAGCCUCCUGUGGCCAUUGUCAGAAGCACACAGCAAAUUUACUGUAAACAAGUACAGUGAUGACUAAGGGAAACACAUCGCAUUUUGAAUGACUGACAGUUGUUCGUAUACCAUCAUACGGUUCAGCAUCUCCUCGUGAAAUAGUACGAUAAAAAUUCUCACCAAGCCAACCGAAGUGCCCCCACUCCCAGGUGCAAUAAUAUUAUGGUUGACUAAUACCACUUUUUCCUUCUUCUGUAAAUAAUUGUCAAUAUUUUGCAUCCAUGACUUAUUAAUCUGAUGGUACAGCUGUGAGCACCUGCCUUCUUUGAAACUAAUACAUUUUUCCUAAAGACUGAGGGUAUUGCCCCUGUCUCAUGAAUCUUGCACACCAGAUGAAAUCAUUUUGUCAUGGAUCUCAGUAAUUCUGAGGGGAUGCCCUCACUCCAGGGUCCAUCUUUCAGUGCUCUGUCAAAUUCUUUUCACAGUAUCACAUCUCUGAUCUCAUCUUCAGCUAGUUCCUCUUCUCUUUCUCUGACAUUGUCCUCAAGUUUUUCUCUUAUAUAGACAGUAUGUAUAUUCCUUCCACCUUCCCCUUAUUUUCUUAGUACUGCCUUGCAUCGAACUUUAUAUUCAUACAGCUGCUUCUUUUCUCUCCUAAAAUUUCUUUAAUUUCUUGAUAGGCAGCAUCUGUCUUUCCACUAGUUGUGCACUUUUGUUCUCUAGCCUUCCCUGUUUAGCCUCUCUGCAUCUUCUGUUAAUUUUUCAUUUUUAUAUUUUCUCUUUUUAUCAGUUAAAUCCAAUAUGUCCUGUACUAUCCAAGGAUUCCUACUACGCCUUGUCUUUUUAUGUGUGGUCCUCUGUGCCUUCAGUAUUUCAUUUCUCAAAGCUACCCAUUCAUCAUCUGUUGUAUUCCUUUCCCCCCCAUUUCAUUCCAACAUUGCCUUGCUCCCUCUGAAACUUUCCACAACCUCUGGUUCUUUCAACUUAUCCAGGUCCCAUCUUGAAUUCCUUCUUUUUGUAAUUUUUUUCAGUUUUACUCUGCAGUGUAUAACCAACAAAUGAUGGUCAGAGCCCACAUCUCGCCCUGGAAAUGUUUAAAAUCUAGUUUCAAUAUCUCUGUGUUACUACUGUGUAACUUGAGGAUAUUUGGCUAGAUUCACUCAAGAAUGAAUUGAGCUUCCCAGAUCAUAAGAAAAUGAAAAUUGUCUCAGUUUUAUUUAAACUUCUGGCAGGCUCUAAGAAGCUAGUUUGUUUAGUUAAUGCUUUCCUGCAGUUUUUUGUUGUUGUGGUCUUCAGUCCUGAGACUGGUUUGAUGCAGCUCUCCAUGCUACUCUAUCCUGUGCAAACUUCUUCAUCUCCCAGUACCUACUGCAGCCUAUAUCCUUCUGAAUCUGCUUAGUGUAUUCAUCUCUUGGUCUCCCUCUACGAUUUUUACCCUCCACGCUGCCCUCCAAUAUUAAAUUGGUGAUCCCUUGAUGUCUCAGAAUAUGUCCUACCAACUGAUCCCUUCUUUAGUCAAGUUGUGCCACAAACUUCUCUUCUCCCCAAUCCUAUUCAAUACCUCCUCAUUAGUUAGUUCCUGCAGUAGGCUCCUUAUAAUGUUAUACUGAAUCGCACUUUAGUCAUUGUGAUUUUAUCCCUUUCUUUGUUUGUCCACAUGAGUUGUAGCAGUAAUUAAGAGAGAGAACUUUUAAGUGGGAUGAGUGUGGUUCAGAUAACCAGCCAUUUAUCUUAUCAAGGUUUUUAUUUUUUUUUUUUUUUAAUAAACUCUUCGGAACUACACUAGUAUGGAUCUGAUUUCCUUCCUGGAUCCAGUGUUCGUAGGAUGUUAACGAUCUUCCAUUGUUAGAUGUAAACUUUUAUUCCUCAUAGUCAGAUAGUAGGUAAUUUAAUGUCACGACUGCUAUAUGACUUAAUCUUUGGCAUCUAUGUAUAUCUUGUGAACACACAUAAUAA